UAUUAUCUAAACAGUUUAAAGUGCAACAAAAUUCUUAUUGUUGUAGACAUAUAAAAAUUUCGAUUCAAAUUUAUUCAUAAAACAAUAAGACUGCCGUCUAGCUCGUGCCCUGGCAGACGUGAAUAUGUGUAUGUGUGAGAGUACUUUUUUUUAUCAUUCGUCUUAUGUUGUUGCUGUGUCUCACCUUGAAGUUGUAGUUUUUUACAAUUUGAUUCAGACGGUAGUGCUCAUUAGCCUUUGAACUGCUAAGCGAGUAAGUUGCUGUGCUUUGGAAUUCACUAAAAAAAGACGGUGAUUCACAAGCGCUGUCGAAGCAUGGCGCCAAACAAUACAACUGCAGCAGUGGUUAAUCCAAACGAGAACCUUAGCAUACCGCAAUGGAUCAAUGCAGCUUACUUCGUAGACAUACUCAAAGAUGAUCUGCCAAAUUUUAAGAAAAUAAUCAGCUUUCAGCCAAUCGCCGCCACUGCGCCUGGAGAGAAUUACUGUUCGAUUAUGUUACGUGUUAUAAUUGAGGCGGAAUUAAAAGAUGCUACCACAACGCAGUUAAGUUACAUUUUAAAAACUAUGCUGGAUAAGAAUAGUUCUGGUGCCGCCAUUGCAAAUAAUAUGAAUAUGUUCCCCAAGGAAAAGCAAAUGUAUUCGGUUAUUCUGCCUAAGUUCGUGCAGUUAUAUAGACAGGCAGCAGGCGUCGAGGUACGUUUCGGACCAACCAGCAAAUAUGCCGAAGAGACACCUGAGCGUAUCACUUUGGUUAUGGAGGAUCUCAAGCGGGAAAAUUACUCAAAUUAUGAUCGUCUUAAGGGUUUGGAUAUGAAACAUAUGACGCGCGUAUUGCAAAAAUUAGCCGAAUUUCAUGCAGCUUCAGCAUGCUAUUAUGAGUCGGCAGGUUCAUAUGGUGAUUUAUACCAGAAUACUUUUUUCACAGAAGCUAAUCGUCAACUAUAUGUCCACUUACAAAAGUCUAGAGAUCCCUUACUGAAAAGAGCUAUGCGCGAGUGGCCGCUAAACGACAUCGAAGACUACAUUAAUAGGAUACCCAGCGGUGAGCAAAUGUUUGACGAAGGUUUGCGUUUGAACUUCGUUGAUCCUACCGAAUUCAAUGUAUUGAAUCAUGGCGAUUUGUGGACAAAUAAUAUUAUGUUUAAGCACAAUGAGCAAGGCCUGAUUUACGAGUGUUUGUUUGUGGACUUUCAAGCGGGCAAAUGGGGCACACCUGCGUGGGAUCUGUGGUAUUUGAUUAUCACCUCAGCGGCGAAGGAUAUCAAAACCAAUGAGUUUGAUCAAUUUAUAUUCAUAUAUCACAAACAAUUGGUAGAGAGCUUAAAGCUACUUAAAUACACAAAGCCACUGCCCAGUUUGAAAUAUUUGCACGAACAAAUGUUGAAAUAUGGCUCUUGGGGUUUCAGCAUAGCUAAGUCUAUUUUGAGCGGCAUUUUAUUGCCAUCAAAUAAGGAUGCCAGUUUUGAAAACUUUAUGAAACCCGGACCGGAGGGAGAUGCGCUCAGGCUUGCGGCGGUCAGCAAUGAAUAUUAUACGGGCGCUAUGUGCGUGAUCCUACCAUUCUUACGAAACAAGGGUCUAAUGGAUUUUUAAACAACAUUGAACCCUUAUUUCGAAAUAUGUAUUUUUAUUCACUGUAGAGGCAAUAUUUUUUAUGAGAAGAAAAUGAUGAGCGUACUAAAUUGG